GUCAUCGUAUUCAAAAUCAUCCGAAAAAGUCCAGUGAGGUGUAAGUACUCGAGCCGAGGUAAACAAAUUUAAAAAAAAUCUGGGGAGAAAAGGGGAAUUUUAGUCGGGCGGGUUGUGGCUGUGGACCGCAGUGCAGCAUCCAUUUCAGUUGUAACCGGGUGAGCUUAUCCGGUCGUAUGGGUGUGCGCAUCGAUCGAAUAUGCGUUUUCGUCAUGAGAUAUUUUUUCCACUAGCUGUGAGUCCAAUGUUCAGUACAUACGUGGAUAUCAGUUGCGAUAUAUCAACAAGCAACUUCCUCAAUCUCAAUGAAAACGAGAUGGAAAUCAGGGUGUUUUGCUAAAACAAGUGUAAUCCAUACGUUCCAUCUCCUCCACUCUCUAAUUUUAAACUCAUUUGUGAAGUUCAAUCAGUGAGAUUAACUAUUACAAUAUUUCACAUCUAAUUUUGAUAGUGCGCGAUUUCAGAACAGAAGUAGCGGAGGACUGGAUAAAUCCCCCAUUCAUCGUGAAACUACAGUAGUGGAUUCACAAGUAUUUAAAUAAACAUUGAACAGUGAAUGAGAACUCAGUGAUCCCGACAUGUCUCACUGCACUCGAUCAAUCCCUCGGAAUUCAAUAGACACAUUGAAGUAAUAAGAGGAAUUGAAAACACCGGAGUAAUGCUCUCCGAGGAAUUUUCGAUAAUUGUGUUCUCCAGUACAUCACCGGCGAUUAGAUGCCGGAGAAAAAAUAAUGUGUCGCCCUGUGGAGAUGUAUUUAUUCUGAAACUGCUGAUAACAUUUUGCUGUGUCAUUGGCACCAGCUGUGAGCCCCUCAGGGGUAUCAAGGACUUACAAAGUGCUCUCCAUGAGGAUCGCUCACCACCACCUUUCCUUGGACACUGCGAUUUCGAGAGACCCUGCAGAUCCUGGAGGCACAAGGAACACUUUCAGAAGAUUACACCGCAGGCUAGGAGAGAUGGACUACCCAAGACAGAUGCCAGUAAUGAUCCAAAAGGGCAUUUCUUGUGGUUGAAAGGGCCUAGUGAGGGACAGUUAUGGUCGGUGGCAAUUCCUCCCACCGGGGCCCAGUGUUUCCUGGAGUUCGCCUCUCGUCAGGUGCAAAUGCAUGACGGAGUCAUCAGACUCAUCAUCGAGACUAAUAAUGACACCACCUCCGUCGCUGCCGAGCGUUUCGGAAAUAACGAUGCCAAAUGGAAUAUAACGAGACUGAAACUCGGAGAUAUCAGUCAGCCGUACAGAGUCGGUUUGGAGAUCGGGGUACCAGCGAAUGGUAGCAUUGCCAUUGACAAUAUUCGGUUGGAUGAUUGCUUUCCAGAGUCAAAACCAUUGAAUACACGUAACAACUGCACGCCUGAUAUGUUUCGGUGCAAUAAUGGCUCGUGUCUCAACAAAACCCGAAUCUGCGACUUGACUCCAGAUUGUGCCCAAGGCGAGGAUGAAGUAUUAGAGUGCGAUAAAGUACCGGAAACUGCGAGAUGUAAUUUCGAGCACGGCUGGUGCGGCUGGACAAAUGCACCGGACAGUCAACUCCAGUGGACGCUCCAUCGGGGCUCUACACCCUCUGAAAGAACAGGUCCUAGUUAUGACCACACUUAUCGCAAUGAAACAGGAACUUAUGCAUUCGUCAACUCGUCGAGAGGCAAUGGACUUGGAGAUCGAGCUACGUUGAAUAGUCCUGUCUUCAAUCCUACUCCACCAUACAGCAGUGAUCCCGAUAGUCCGUAUGAGCACUCCUGUCAGAUGCGAUUUUUUUUUCACCAGUACGGAACAUUCAGUGGUUCACUCGGAUUAUAUCUCAUACAGAUGAAACCACAUCAGAAUCAGUCCCAGAGACUCUGGUGGAGUUACGGGGAUCGCAGUGAUAUUUGGUACAAUCAAGUUGUUGCAUUACCCAAUAUAAGAUACAGAUAUUUUUUACAAUUCGAAGCGAGCAAGAGUUUCGCAGCGAAGGCCGAUAUCGCCAUUGACGAUUUUUCAUUGAGUCCCGAGUGCUUCGGAAUCGGUGUGCCACGGGAUGUAGUGGGCGAUUUCAAUUACUACAGUCCAGUUAUAGAAUCCGAGCAUCAGAUUAAACAACAUUUCGACUUUGCCAAUGAAACAGUGAUCAGAGUAACGACUUGCGGAGCUGUUGGAAGGUAUGGCCCAACGUUGAAUCAAUGCACAGAGUACAAUGCAGCAGAAUUAGAAUCUCAAGUGGUCCAUACAGCCUCUUCAUCAAAUACCAGUCUCGAGGAAAUUUCUAAUUUUCAUACAAUAGGUCUGCAAAAAUGGACAGUGCCGCGUGGCGGCUACUACACACUAAUUGCAUCGGGUGCAAGAGGUGGCAGGGGCUCUGGUGGAAUGGGCAGCACCCUGGGGGCCCUAGCCCGUGGUGUAGUAGAACUGGAAAAGGGCCAGACCCUGUACUUCCUGGUGGGUCAACCGGGAGCGGACGCGUGCACAAAAAGUCUGGGUAAACAGAAUCCUUGUGUCUCCAGCGGUGAUGACAAUGAGCCCCCGUCCGUGGGGAUCAGUUCAUUCGUCCGUGAGGUAAAAAAAAUGAAAUUGACCCACGGAGGGGGUGGCGGCGGUGGUGGGACGUUUGUCUUCACGAUAAGACCUUCAGGUGAUCUGCAGCCGCUGUUGGUAGCAGGAGGAGGUGGUGGAUUGGGUUUUGGAAAAUUUACAGACGAUGGAAUUCAGCACGGGCAUCCGCCGACGUCAGAGAGAACGCAAAUUCAGGGUUUCGCUCCGACGGAGAAGGCAGGUGGAGCUGGUGGGGGCUGGAACACGUCAUCAUCGACGGACAUGGGAUCCUUAGCGAUGGGUAAAUCCCUGAUGAAGGGCGGCAUAGGCGGUAAAGGCUGUCACGAGCGCAAUAAUUCCCUGGGGUUCGGCGAUGGGGGAUUUGGGGGUGGCGGCGGUGGCUGUCGAACAGGUGGCGGAGGUGGUGGCUACCUGGGGGGCACAACAGGGGUGAAAAGUUCAGCCAAUGGUGAGGGAGGCUACAGUUAUGGCUCCCCUGAGCUUCUGCAUCCCUACUUCAAGGGGGGCUUCAACCCCGGCCCCGGGGAGAUAUUCAUAAUCCCCGGAAUCAGCGGGUGCGGCUGCGAUUUUCGAUGUGUCGCUGUUGAUCGGCAUCUCAGUGAGACCCGAUGCCUCUGUCCCCCCGGGUGGCAACUUGGAAAUGACUCCAGAUCAUGCCUCGCUGACGAGGUCGACGGGGCACAGCAGACUUUUGUCAUUGCUCUCGUGGCCGCUUGCGUCGUACUGUUCUUGACCUCUUCGGGCCUAUGCUUCCUACUUUACAAUCGUUAUCAGAAUAAAAAAGCCCACCAGGAACGCAGACAGAACAUGUUCGGAAAUGGUACGGAACUUGCUGCACUGCAGACCCUCACCACCGAGAACAUGAUGACGGAGUUCAAUCCUAAUUACGAGUUCGCUGGUAAUUUGUACAGUAUUAAGGAUCUACCGCAGAUCCCCAGGGAGAGUAUAACGUGUGUGAAACCUCUGGGACAGGGGGCAUUCGGGGAGGUCUUCCAGGGGGUGUACAAGUUCAGGAGGAAUGAGGAGGCGCCAAUUGCCGUCAAGACUCUGCCGACGGUGACGACGUCCCAGGCAGCUGCUGAUUUCAUGAUGGAAGCGCUCAUCAUGAGCAAGUUUGAUCACCCAAAUAUUGUCAAGUUCAUUGGAAUUUCAUUUGAUAAAAACCCGAGGUACAUUGUACUGGAGCUACUGGCGGGGGGUGAUCUCAAGAAUUUCUUGAGGGAGGAGCGACCUAGACCGGACAGAGCGACUAAUUUAACCAUGAGGGAUCUCGUUGUUUGCGCUCAUGAUGUCGCAGGGGGCUGCAAGUACAUGGAAGACGCAAGAUUUAUUCACAGGGACAUCGCAGCUAGGAAUUGCCUGCUCACCUGCAAGGGACCUGGCAGAGUCGUCAAAAUUGCGGAUUUCGGAAUGGCCAGGGAUAUCUAUAGGAGUGAUUAUUACAGGAAGGGCGGCAAGGCCAUGCUUCCUAUCAAAUGGAUGCCCCCCGAGAGCUUCCUGGAUGGCAUUUUCAGCACCAAGACUGAUGUUUGGGCGUUUGGGGUGCUGCUGUGGGAAAUUAUGUCAUUCGGCUAUAUGCCGUACACGGGUUGUGCAAAUAGGGAAGUAAUGUCGAUGGUAACGACGGGGGGAAGACUGGAGAAACCCGCAGGGUGUCCCGAUCCACUUUACGGUAUCAUGGCGAGGUGCUGGCACCCCAGGCCCGAGGAUAGACCGAGCUUUGCGACGAUUGUGGAACGAUUGGGCUAUUGCCUGCAGGAUCCAGACGUUAUCAAUCAUCCCAUGCCUAAUUACGAUAUUCUCCCGGAUUGUGAUAGGGAAAUUACCAUCAUGAGGCCAGAUCCUGAGGCGGAGUGCAUUAACGUGAAUACUGAGCUGGACGGAUGUGGGUACAUGCAGCCACGAUCCAACUUUCGACCCGCUGCUUAUCGGAUUGGAGUUGUUCCUGGCAUUGUCUAUGCGUCGUUGCGACAUUGUGAUGACUUCGAGGGAGAAACUAUUCAGGAAACAACACUGGUGCAUCCAAAGGAACUCGAGGCACAAUCUGAGAAUACCAGGGGGAGAGCUAUCUCUGAUAAUGAGUCGCCUAAAAACUUCAUCCAUUUGAAUACUCAGGAAAAUGCUAAAAAUCAAUACGAUAGCGAGAGGAAAAUGGAAAUGAAUGAAGACACGAAUGUUUCUCGAUGCAACAACAUCCCCCACAUGAACAGUCUUAACAAGAACAACAAUCACAACGUCAACGGUGAAAGCACCACGACAACUGAUACGAAUUCCGACUCGGUGGGUGUCGUAUCCUCGACAACGCCACCUGAUACCGUUGUAUCUUCUCCCAAUACGAGAACCUCAUCACCGAGUCAUAUCGUCACGACUCCUAAUAACGUUAAUGGACUAAUAAAAAAGAGUGCACUCAAAGCAGCGCUGAGUCUUGAUCCGAGUACUCUCUAUCGGGGAACUAUUCCGUACGAGAAAAUUGCAUUUUCAUCGCCACCACCCCGUUCCGGCAAUGAAACCGUGGAAAUGAGGAAGGACUCCCUCAGCCAUGAAUUACCACGAGAGGAAGAAUGCUCCUGCUGAGACUCAUUCCCUGGGGACUGACGCGACUGUUCCCUCUUCUACAGGCCCAAGAGAACCCCAAAGAGAUCCAGCUCAAUGCCAUCAAUAAGACUCAAGUCUUACGAUGAAAAGUGCAGCGUCACACGGUACUCAUCCGAAGAAACGCUCGUCUGAUAUUCAAUGACUAGUUUCUACAUUAUUUUUUACACCAAGAGGCUGCGACCCAGGCCCACAGAUAAGUAUUUGCUAAUAGCCAGAGAGACUAUUUUUAUUUCCAACUGUGAAGCUUUCAAUACGAAACAAACUGUCGGAUUAAUAAUCACGACGAAAGUAGACUAAAUAGAGUCUAAAUAAUUACUCAGUGCAUCAAUUAUUUAUUCAUUAAUAAUUCCGUGAAGCGUUGGAGACCAGGGGAUUAAUUCAUUACUCUGUCAGUCUUAUUCUCAUUAUUAAUCGUUAAUUACCCCUAGGCAUCUGAAUUACUAAUUAUUCCAUUUAAUUGGUGAAUUAUAUAGUAAUCCAAGACUCAUCAUUAUGGAAAUUAAUUGAGGAAAUUAUUGUCUUUUCGAGAAAAUUUGCUCGAAUUUCGAUUGGAAUUCUCGUUUUCCAAAGAAAAAUCAGAUUCAUAAAUUAAUUGUGGGAUCUGUUCGCAGCAUUCUAAUAGAACUCCAAUUGAAUUUCAAUUGAAUUUCUUAUAGAAGACGCAAAGUUUUUCUGUUAAAUUUUGUUCACGAUUGAAUUAAUUCAUUAAUUGGAAAGUCACGGGGAAAUAAAUUCCCUCUAUUCUCCACCACUUCAUUAUAAAUUUCAUUAACGUUUGAUAACUCAGUCGACCAUUGGCAUUUAUCGAACUGAUAAUGCAUUCAGUGUUAGAAUGCCUCCCCAUAAUUUAGAGAUUAUAAAUAAAACGUGUAAAACAGUAUUUAUACGAAAAUGCAUAAUAUAACAGAUAGACGUAAAUCCUCGUGUCUGGUGAAUAUGCGUGUAGUCCAAGUAAGAACAAUACAAUUAAAAAAAAAUAAUGUACUCGAGUCGAUGGAACACAUAGCGUAGAAUCUUCGGCGUAAAUCAUUGUUAUAAGAAAUUUUAAUUUUAUAAAAUUGUUGUUUGUCGAGUGCGUCAUAUUAUUCAUUUACCAGCAUUUUUAAAGUGGAAUAUCGGGGUAUAAAUAAUAAAUUAUAACGGUCGUUGAUUCGACCCGAAGCUUUAAGAGGUAAAUACGCACAUCUGUUUCUCGGAAAUGGAUGGAGUACAGUGAUUAUUUAACGAGGUAUGUCCCUCUGCUGGUUUAUUAUCGCACGGGUGUGAGAAUUUAUUUAAGCAUGUUCUGUACCUUCUCACCGAAAUUAACGGCUUUUUUUAGUUUUCUCAAAAAUUCUUAAUUGAAUUGACGCGAAAAAAUAUAUGGUUUUUGCAAAUUUUAAAAUGUCAUGAUCGUGCAAUAAUGAGAAAAUACAAAGACAAUACGUUUUUUUCGGGUCAAUCUGAUCAACAAUUUAUUAGAAAACUAAAAAAUCGAUAAUUUUUGCGAUCAAAAUCUAGCGAAUUCAAAAGAUCAUUCUAUUCGAUUUAUCUUGGAAUUUCUAUUAGUUUUUCAUUGAAUUUGUUGUAAAAUUGAAUUGUAAAACUCAGACAGUCAUUUUAUGGAGAAAUUUGA